AUGGCUCCAUUAGAUAUCUCAUUAAAAGGUCAAACUGCUAUCAUCACUGGUGGUAGUAAGAAUUUAGGUGCAGAAACUGUUCGUGAAUUGGCAAAAUUUGGUGCUAAUUUAGUUAUCCAUUAUCAUUCUUCAAGUGAAAAAUCUAAUGCAGAAUCAUUAGUUCAAGAAGUUACCAAAGAACACGGUAUUGAAGCUUUUGCAAUUCAAGCUGAUUUAUCUGUUGAAAAAGAUGCUGAACAUUUAUUUUCAGAAACUAAAUCAAAAUUUGGUGGUGUUGAUAUUGCAAUUAAUAAUGCAGGUAAAGUCUUGAAAAAACCAAUUGGUGAUAUCUCAGAACAAGAAUAUGAUCAAAUGUUUGAUAUUAAUUCCAAAACUUCAUUUUUAUUUUUGAAACAGGCUUAUAAAUAUGUUAAUGAAAAGGGUAGAAUUAUCUUUUUAGUUACAAGUUUAUUAGCAGCUUAUACACCAUUCUAUGGGUUAUAUCAAGGUGCAAAAGCUCCAGUUGAAUACUUUGUUAAAGCUGCUUCCAAAGAAUUACAUGAUAAACAAAUUAGUGUUAAUGCAGUCGCACCAGGUCCUAUGGAUACACCAUUCUUAUAUGGACAAGAAACUGAUGAAUCUGUUGCUUUUUUCAAAACUCAAGGAUUGGGUAAUAGAUUAACUAAAGUUGAAGAUAUUGUUCCAAUUGUUAGAUUUUUAGCUACUGAAGGUACUUGGCUGACUGGUCAAACUUUGUAUGCUUCAGGUGGUUUCACUGCUCAUUAG